AUGGAUUGCUACAGGAAGUAUGUAGCUGUCUUCCUGGCUACGUUGUCUGUGUUUCUGCAUCUCCUCCAUUCUUUUCCUGAUGGAGAGUUUUCUAUGCAGGGUUGCCCAGAAUGCAAACUGAAAGAAAACAAAUACUUCUCCAAGCUGGGUGCACCAAUUUAUCAGUGCAUGGGCUGCUGCUUCUCCAGAGCAUACCCCACUCCAGCACGGUCCAAGAAAACAAUGCUCGUGCCAAAGAACAUCACCUCAGAGGCUACAUGCUGUGUGGCUAAAGCAUUUACCAAGGCCACUGUCAUGGGAAAUACCAAAGUGGAGAAUCACACGGAGUGCUACUGCAGUACCUGUUAUUAUCACAAAUCUUAA